AGCGUAACAAUUCCGUUUCCGCUCCAGUCGGGAUUUGUGUCCGCUCUGCAGGAAUGUGUGGAGAUGCUCGAGCUGGGAGAGAGGAAGAGGAGGAGGAAGAAGAGGAGGAGGAGGUAUAACAGCCGCACCUUCCCUCUGACAGAUGAACACAUUAACGGCUCUCCGCACUGUCACUGAGGGAAGCUGCAGACCUGUCCGUUAUCGCACAUUCCCGGGCUCCUCCUCAUGGCGAAAAACACCCUGUCCUCACGAUUCCGGGGAGUCGACAUCGACGAAUACGACGAGAAUAAAUUCGUGGACGAGCAGGACGAGGCGGCCGAGCAGCAGCAGGAACCGGACGCCUGUGAGGUGGACCAGCUCAUCGGACAAGGGGACAUGAUGUCAGCAUUUCACAUCGCCUUGAGGAAUCCACCAAUCAACUCCAAGAAUCCAGCAGUGAAAGAGCGGGCCCAGGCGGUGGUGUUACGAGUGCUGACUGCAUUCAAGAGCAGCGAUAUUGAGCCGGCAGUGAAGUCCCUGGACAAGAACGGAGUGGACCUGCUGAUGAAGUACAUCUACAGAGGCUUCGAGAAGCCCUCGGACAACAGCAGCGCCAUCCUGCUCCAGUGGCACGAAAAGGCCUUCGCUGUGGGGGGUCUGGGGUCCAUCGUACGGGUGCUGACUGCGAGAAAAUCUGUCUGAGAAGCCGAAAGAAAUAAGAGAUAACCAGCCAUGGGAUUUGUUUUAAAGACGUGGACAAUUUCCUCUCUCAUUUGACUUUAUCUGGGGGAAAACCACUCAAGCCCAAGUGAUUGUUUCACUCAAAACAGAGAUAUUGUAUGAUAUUUAAUGUAAAUGAAUGAUUCUUCAAUAUACGGAAGACACGAUUCUCGACUAAUGAAGGUGAGUGGUUGUGUGACAGUCUGUGAAUUGAGACAGAAGGACUAAGAGUCUCAUGAAGACUUGAGCAGCAGCAGUUCCAGGGCAUUAAAUACUGUGACGAAUAUGAAAGUUUUAUUUGCUUGUUUUACUUAGUUUACACUCAUUCUCGGAUGUGUAGUUCUCAUUUCUUUAGUUCCAAUUCUCAGUUUUUCUUAUUGUACAGAAAGAGGAUGAUGUUUAAUAUAUAGUAUAUUUAGGUGGUGGAUUUAUGGGUCAAUUCAAUUGUAGUGUGGCGUCGGGUCGGGAGGGUUAUUGUGAAGUGCCUGGUGCAAUAAAGAACAUUAAGAGUGUA